AUGACAGAAGAAGUAACAUAUGCAAAUCUGAAAUUUGAAAACAGCCAUGAGCUGGAUAAUAUCACAGAGCCUGAAGAUACUAAGGAAAAAGGACCUCCCACUUCAUCCCGCUCUUGCCGUCCAAUAGUCCCGAUUUUGAUCACACUGUGCCUGGCACUGCUGAUUGCGCUGGUGACCCUGGCAGUUUUAUUUUACCAGAUUCCCAAGGACUACAGGACAAAACUUAGAGACCUCAACAUGACAAAGAAUGAGCUGCAUGGAAAUUUCUCAAAUAUGCUGCAAGCAAUAGGAAAUCAGCUGUGCUUGGAAGGGGAAAAAAUGCUUAAAAAUAAUGGCCAGAACUGCGUACUCUGCCCUGCAAACUGGAAGUGGGAAGGUGGCCAUAUGUGUUACUACCUCUCCGAGGAAAAGAAGUCAUGGGAACAGAGUCACCAGUUUUGUUCCUCACAAAACUCUACUCUUCUUCUGAUAAAAGAGGCAGCGAAGUUGGAAGUGGUACAAAAAUUUCCUACAGGAUUAUACUGGCUUGGAUUAAUAUUUAGAGCUCAACAGACAAACUGGUAUUGGGUAGACAACACAAGUGUUACAGAAGAACAAAAGUCUUGGACAAAGCAUUUAGAUUCCUUCUAUCACUGUGGAUAUAUGCAUCAUACUACCAUAUAUAGCAGAAGAUGCCUAGAAAAGCUUUACUGUAUAUGUGAAAAGCCCGCCAUCCAGUUACAGCGAGGUAACAACCAUUGGCAGGAGGACUGGUUUGUCAGACUAAAAUGA